AUGUUUGACUGCAUGGACGUGCUGGCCGUGAGUCCCGGGCAGAUGUUGGAUUUCUACACGCCCAGCCCGUCCUCCUGCAUGCUGCAGGAAAAGGCUCUGAAAGCCUGCAUCAGCGGACUGGCGCACAGAGAGUGGCAGCACCGCCGGAGCGCACACUCCAUUGAAACACAGAGCACCAGCUCCGAGGAGCUCGUCCCCAGCCCGCCGUCGCCGCCGCCCCCUCCGAGAGUCUACAAGCCCUGCUUCGUCUGCCAGGACAAGUCCUCCGGAUACCACUACGGUGUCAGUGCAUGUGAGGGCUGCAAGGGCUUUUUCCGCCGAAGCAUCCAGAAGAACAUGGUGUACACGUGUCACCGGGAGAAGAACUGCAUCAUCAACAAGGUGACGAGGAACCGCUGUCAGUACUGUCGCCUGCAGAAGUGCUUUGCAGUGGGAAUGUCCAAAGAGUCUGUUCGAAAUGACCGGAAUAAGAAGAAGAAAGAGAGCCCAAAGCCGGACCUGGCAGAGAGCUACGAGCUGACAGCCGAGCUGGAGAGCAUCAUUGAAAAGAUUCGUAAGGCCCAUCAAGAAACCUUCCCCUCCCUCUGCCAGCUUGGCAAAUACACCACGAACUCGAGUGCAGACCACCGUGUGAGGCUGGACCUGGGCCUGUGGGACAAAUUCAGCGAGCUGGCCACCAAGUGCAUUAUCAAGAUCGUGGAAUUUGCCAAACGAGUGCCUGGCUUCACGGGGCUGACCAUCGCCGACCAGAUCACGCUCCUGAAAGCUGCCUGCCUGGACAUUUUGAUCCUGCGCAUCUGCACAAGGUACACCCCCGACCAGGACACCAUGACCUUCUCGGACGGGCUGACCCUCAACCGGACGCAGAUGCACAAUGCAGGCUUUGGCCCACUCACUGACUUGGUGUUCACUUUUGCCAACCAGCUGCUGCCCAUCGAGAUGGACGACACGGAGACAGGCCUCCUCAGCGCCAUCUGUCUCAUCUCUGGAGAUCGUCAGGACCUGGAGGAGCCCUCGAAGGUGGACCAGCUCCAGGAGCCGCUCCUGGAAGCUCUGAAGAUCUACGUGAGGAAGCGUCGACCCAGCAAACCACACAUGUUCCCCAAAACCCUGAUGAAGAUCACAGACCUGCGCAGCAUCAGUGCUAAAGGAGCAGAGCGGGUCAUCUCUCUGAAGAUGGAGAUCCCAGGUUCCAUGCCACCGCUCAUCCAGGAGAUGCUGGAGAACUCGGAGGGCCAGGACAGCCAGAGCAGCAGCAGCAGCAGCAGCAGCAGCACUUCAGCUGAGGCAGGCACCAGCCCCAGCAGCAAGGGCAGCCCCAAAGAGGACACCCCUGCUGUGGAGUCGCCGGAGUCCGUGGACACUGAGGGGGCCACAGCCACACCGCCCAGCGACGACCCCUAG